AUGGUGCCUUCGCUGUUGCUUCUUGCGACUGCUCAUGCCUUGGUCCUUCCAGAUGUGGUGGAAGACGUGGCCGACGCCGUGCAGUUCCAAAUCCCGGUGGCGAACGCCUCCGCCGCGCUGCAGGGCGGCACCGCGGCGCUCGACUUCGAAGUGGGAGGGCACUUGGCCCUACAUGCUCACCUCCCGACAGCACUUGCAGAGAACCCAGCAUGGCUCCCCGACACGGAGCAGAUCAAAGAGUUCUCUCCGAAGCAAGCGGGGCAACGGCUGGGAUUCUUCGUCUCAGCGCACGUCAUCGCCUGGAUGCUGCUUUGCCUCAUCGGCACGGCCAUCAUGACCCGCUGCUGCGGCAGAUGCACAGACCCGUCGGGUUUCGAAAGGGUCGCCUCGGCCGCCAGGCCACUGGAAAGUGGAGAUGUGUGGAGAGCAUUUUUUGGCACCUACCUGAUUUCCCUUGUAGCCGUCUUUGCGAGCCUGCGCUUCAGCCGACUGUCCAAAGCGACUGGCCUGGACUUUGAAGUGUACCUGGUCUUGUUUGUGAUGCAGGGCACGAGGCUGCUCUGGCAGGCCGUCACAGCCAUCAGGAGCGUAGGCCCUGCGAGCCGCUUCCCGAUCGACACCUUUACCUUGGGCACGGUGGCAGCGAACAUGCCCUUCAUGGCAGAUUCCUUCGACACGUUGAAAGAUGUCGUCUUCGGGGCCCUUUGCAUCAUGUCGGAACACUGGGCAUUGCGCCUGGCUGGAUUUGCCAGCCUCGUUUGGCUGCCGUGCGUGCACUACAGGCUGCUUCGUGACAUUGAGUGGACCUCUCGGGCAGUUACUUCCCCUUUGCCAGCGCGCAGCCAGCGAACGAUGAAUCUGAAGCUGCAGAAGGUGAAGGGCGGUGCUGGACGAAAGUGGAGAAAAGUCUGCACGAGCUCUACAAGCAAACAACUCCCGGCAAGAUCAGGCUUCUGCUUUGGGAAGCCGGGCCGCAGGGCGUCUUUGCCCUUCUCUACGUUUAUCUAG